GUCCCCGCCCUCACCGCCUUUGCGCCGGGACACAGCAGGCGAGGGUCCUGCCGGAGUCGGCUUCUGCUGCCCCUUCUCGGCGCUAUGGCCUGCGGGCUGGAAUACGACCUUCCUGCGGCCCCGCUCGCCUCUGCGCGUCUCCCGGGCGCGAAGGUGUCCUGAGUCGAGCUCUGACUCAGGAUGUUCAGGCGCCAGUCCAUGGAGGGGACCCCGGCCUACAAGCUCAAGGGAUAUCCCGACGGGGCCACCCCACGCCGCCCUGUUCAGCGGCUGCCGAUGCUGCUGCCCAUGCUCGAAAGCCUUGCGAGGCGAGAUACAGACGGCGCGUGGUGGCGGGACCGCAAGUCCCAGUGCCUGCCUCGUCGGUCCCCCGAGUCCCCGAACGCUCCGCAAGGCCGUGGGACCGCGCGCGCGCUGCUACUGCCGCCGCUGCCGCCGAGCAGCUCGGCCCGGGAGGCGAGGGCUCGGGGGAACCCGCAGCCCGCGGACCGCGACAACCCUGACUCCCUGGGCACGCUGCUGGGGGAGGUGCUGCCCAACAAGUUCCGCCACUUCCUGCACCACCUGCGCGCCAAGAGCGCAGACCCAGAGGCGGACCCACCCUCAGCGCCACAGAACCCUAGGAGUACAUCAAAUCACCGCCUAGCUUCUCGGUCUUCCAGCUGCUUAUUCCUCCCGGACCUGUGGGACCAACCAUUGCACUGGCACAACAGUUCUAGAGAGAAGACUACCCUGGGGCUACCAAGAGGUGAACUUGUCAGAGCCAAAAAGGCCCAUCCCCCUGCUGGAGAAGGCUCAAGACCCCGCAAGCGCUAUUGUCCCUUCCGGGUACGAUUUGCAGACGAGACCCUGCAGGACACAGCACUCCGGUACUGGGAACGCAACCGUGCAGUCCAGCAGAAUAUCUUUCCGAGCGAGCAGACGACUUUGCCAGCUGUGUCUGUGUCAGAGCGGGUGCUUGGGAGUGUUGGGAGAUGGUUGGACAGUCUGCCCAGAGCCCUUUAUCCCAGGGCCCAAGACACUGUGGCCGGUUCCUCAUUCUGGACCUGCCCCCGCGUGUCAGCUCAGGAACCACAGCUCUACCUUUCUGAGGAUGCCUCCGUGAGCAGCCACCUACCCUUCAUCUCCAGGGCCACCAUCCCAAGGCCACGGGGAGGCCUCAGAACCUUCCUGGACACCCCUAACAAUGUGGAUCAGGAAUCCUUUCUGCCCAGUUUGGUGCUGCAGUCUGUCCUGAAGCAAGGCCGCCCGAAGGGCUACCAGCUGCUCCUGCCGUCCACCACAAACCGGCAGCAGGCUCACAGGUGAAUGCCUGCCAGAGCGCCCCCUGCUCAGGAGUGUACCCGUGCCAGGCAAUGAGGAGAGUGCUUCUUCGCCCCACAAAUAAACACAGCUCCCAGGUGGCUGGGACGGAUCACUAGGUCUCUCAGUAAAAGCCA